UCGAACAAGGAACGGAAGUGCAGUAUGAGAGAGAAAAGAGAUGUUUUGUGUAUGAAGUUAGUGAGCUAAUGUUAAUUUACAUUAUCAUUAAAGGAAGACGUUAAGCGGCGAAUUGCUGAAGGAAGCGUUUCCUUCUUAGCGAUAACCCGACAUCAGAUAGUCCUCCUGGACUAACCCGUCACUGUCUCUCAGAGCAGCAACAACUCAGCCAGGAUGGAUCCAGCUCUACUGAGGGAGAGGGAGCUGUUCAAGAAAAGAGCUCUGUCCACUCCGGCUGUAGAGAAGAGACAGGCGGCCUCCGACUCGCACAAGAAGAAGAAGUCCAAAGUUGACAAGGAGAGCUCCUCUGGGUCCAAACACGGUGCUGAGUCUAGUAAUGGCAACAUUAACAUCAAGACGAGCUCUGGAUACAAGUUUGGCUGCCUCGCCAAGAUAGUCAAUUACAUGAAGACUAGGCAUCAGAAUGGCGAUACACACUGCCUGACGCUGGAGGAGAUCCUGGAUGAGACCAAGCUUCUUGACAUCGGCAUGAAACAAAAACAGUGGCUCAUGACCGAGGCCUUGGUCAACAACCCGAAAAUAAUUGUCCGCGAUGGGACGUAUGGCUUCAAGCCCAAGUACAACCUGAAGGACAAGAAAGCCUUGCUGAGGCUGCUGGACAAACACGACCAGCUAGGCCUGGGAGGGGUGCUGCUGGACGACGUGGAGGAGGGGCUGCCCAAUUCAGCCAAGGCCAUCAAGGUUUUGGGGGAUCAGCUCAUCUUUGUGACGAGACCAGAUAAGAAGAAGAUCCUCUUCUACAACGACAAGCACUGCCAGUUUACGGUAGACGAAGAAUUCCAGAAAUUGUGGAGGAGUGUUCCAGUUGAUUCCAUUGAUGAGGAGAAGAUUGACGAGUACCUGAAGAAACAAGGAAUCUCCUCCAUGCAGGAAACCGGACCAAAGAAAGUGUUACCAGUUCAAAAGAGGAAGAAGCAAGGGCAGAGGAAGAGACACUUUAAGACCCACAACCACCACUUGGCAGGCGUUCUGGAGGACUAUUCGGAGGGCGUUCCUGUGAAGAAGUGAGAGGCUUCCCCUCGCUGCCUUAUGCCCUCAGAGAAGUGAUGGAGCGCAUGACCACACGACAAUUCAGACUAUUUCGUGGCAGCCUGUUGAGCUCUUUUUCCUUUCUUCGCACUCCUCUCAAUGAUCGGCGGCCGUGUAUUACAUGGAGUGAACAGCAGCUGUGUUGUGGAAUCCUUUUUAGUUUGUUUAUUGAUCAGUGACAACUGCGGGAAAAGAGUACCGAGACCAUUUAACCAAAACCACCAUCCUUA